UCGCUGCUCCGUUUCAUUCUGAUGGCUCAGGAUGACCUGCUAGCCAGAGGUGCUUACUGUUAGAGAGCUUAUUUUUUUUUCCAUUUUCCUUUUUGAACUGAUACAUCUGAGCUAGCAGCGUAUAGGCGAUUCCGGGCAGAGUUAAUAAGCGGUAGUUGGGUGAGGAGAGUCCGCCCAGGGCCAUUCAGUAAGACUGCCUUAAAUCUUUCUGGGUGAGGGUUGCUGGCUUCUGCAUUGGUAUAGUAGGCUGCUCCAGCUGAAGAAAAAGAGGAGAAGAAAAAAGAAACAAUGGGGUUGCCUCUGCCUGGGAAUAGCAAACCUUUCAUCCAGCUCUGGAACAGGCUCAGACACAAGUUACAAGGCAAAAGAUACUGGGCUUGGCGUCUGGAUGAAAUCCACCUGCUGCAGCAGAAAAGAAUCUGGGAGUCUCCACUUCUCCAGGCUGCCAAGGAGAAUGAUCUCCGGGCCAUCAAGAAACUGAUCUCUGAUGGCACCUGCGAUGUCUAUCAAAGAGGUGCAGCGGGAGAAACAGCUCUUCAUGUGGCUGCCUUGUAUGAUAAUAUGGAGGCUGCUCAGGCUCUGAUGGAGGCAGCUCCAGAACUUGUUAAUGAGAGGAUGACAUCGGAGCUAUAUGAAGGGCAGACAGCUCUCCAUAUCGCCGCAGUGAAUCAGAACAUUAAUCUGGUGAAGGCUUUGCUCAAGAAGGGGGCCAAUAUCUCCAGCCCACGGGCCACUGGACUCUUCUUCAGGCGCAGCGCCCAUAACCUUAUCUACUUUGGGGAGCAUGUUCUAUCAUUUGCUGCCUGCGUGGGGAGUGAGGAGAUCGUCCGGUUGCUCAUUGAAAAUGGAGCUGACAUCAGAGCACAAGACUCUCUGGGGAACACUAUUCUCCACAUCCUGGUUCUCCAGCCCAACAAGACUUUUGCCUGUCAGAUGUACAACCUGAUUCUCUCCUAUGACAAGAGCGAUGAGAGUCUGGGAACCUUGGACUCAAUUCCAAACAAUGAGGGGCUCACUCCAUUCAAACUGGCUGGAGUGGAAGGCAACACCGUGAUGUUUCAGCACCUCAUGCAGAAGCGAAAGCACACUCUGUGGACGUUUGGGCCCGUGACUUCUGUCCUCUAUGACCUCACAGAAAUUGACUCCUGGGGUGAAGAUCAGUCCUUUCUGGAGCUUGUUGUCUCAACCAAGAAGAGAGAGGCCCGUCAGAUUUUAGACCUGACACCUGUGAAGGAGCUGGUGAGCCUGAAGUGGAAUAUGUAUGGACAUCCCUAUUUCUGUUUCCUGGCCUUGUUCUACGUGCUGUACAUGAUUUGCUUUACCAUGUGCUGUGUUUACCGACCUCUGAAAGCUCGAUCAGAAAACAAAACAAAUGACAGAGACAACACCAUCUAUGUCCAGAAAAUGCUGCAGGAAUCCUAUGUGACAUAUGAGGAUGAACUCAGGCUGGUCGGGGAGCUGAUCACAGUAAUUGGAGCUGUAGUGAUAUUGAUCCUGGAGAUUCCAGAUAUCCUUAGAGUUGGAGCCACCAAGUACUUUGGACAAACCAUCCUGGGAGGACCAUUCCACGUCAUCAUCAUCACCUAUGCCUGUAUGAUCCUGGUGACCAUGGUGAUGCGUCUCACCAGCACCACUGGAGAGGUGGUUCCCAUGUCCUUUGCCCUGGUGCUGGGCUGGUGCAACGUCAUGUACUUCGCACGAGGCUUUCAGAUGCUGGGACCCUUCACCAUCAUGAUUCAGAAGAUGAUAUUUGGAGAUCUCAUGCGCUUCUGUUGGCUCAUGGCGGUGGUGAUACUUGGCUUUUCAUCAGCCUUUUACAUAAUCUUCCAGACAGAGAACCCCACAGAGCUGGGCCAGUUCUACAGCUAUCCCAUGUCUCUGUUCACCACCUUUGAGCUCUUCCUCACCAUCAUUGAUGGGCCUGCCAACUACAGCGUGGACCUGCCCUUCAUGUACAGUGUGGUGUACUUUGCCUUUGCCGUCAUCGCCACCCUCCUCAUGCUCAACCUGCUCAUUGCCAUGAUGGGCGACACCCACUGGCGCGUGGCCCACGAGCGGGAUGAGCUUUGGAGAGCACAGGUUGUUGCCACCACUGUAAUGCUGGAACGGAAACUUCCACGAUGCCUCUGGCCUCGCUCUGGGAUCUGUGGACGGGAGUAUGGAAUGGGGAACAGGUGGUAUCUUAGGGUAGAGGACAGGGUUGAUCCCAACAAGCAAAAGAUGCAUCGUUACACAGAAGCAUUUAAGACCCAGGAUAAGGAGGACUUUGACAAACACUCAGAGAAGCUGGAUGGUGAGUUCCCCUACAAGAAGGACCUAGCACCAGUUGCUCCUUCAGUGUCCCGGAGCACAUCCCAGAGCAGUUCCCACCGCGGCUGGGAGAUCCUGAGGCGUACCACCUUCAGACAACUUCAAGGGGAAGUCAACCAUGCCAUGGAAGAGGAGGAGGUCUACCAUGUCUGAGACGCAUCUCUCCUGAUUCCACAAUGUGGAUGCCCUUUGCUGAAGCAUCCAGGUGCUAGUGGAAACUCCAGUAUGGACACCACGCUCCAUAGCUAUUAAGAGCUCUCCAGAUGCAACAGGAAUACUCCAUGCUGCAGGAUGGACACGGUGUCCAAGUCUCCUCUCCCCCUCUUCCAUGUGCCCUUGUUGCUGUGUUGGCUAGGAGCUGAGUUGAGGAGUUUGGUGUUUGUCCAGCUCUGUAACUCUCUACA